CCGAUAACGAGGCUGUAUGGCCUAGACACAUGUGUUGAUUUUCCUCCAUGUUGGUUCUGUGGUUGCACGUAAAAACAUAGAAAAUGUUGACUUGUGCUGCCUGGGUGAAAAAAGGUAUCGCAAAAGAGACACCAGAUAAGAUAGAGCUAUCUAAAGAAGAUGUUGAAGAGCUCAUGAAUGAAACAAAACAAAGAGUAAAAGAUGAUGAAGAGAAAUUAAAAGGAACAAGUGAAGAAGAAGGAAUAAAAAACACAAUCAUAAAUGAUGAGGAAGAUGAUGCAAUUGAUGAGUACGAUCUCGAAAAUUACGAUGAAGAAGAUGAUGGAGAAAUGAUGACAGGUGCUGGCAUGGCAGGACUAACAUACUUUGCUUCAAAUGAAGAUGACCCUUACAUUACCAUGAAAAAUAUUGAGGAUGAAGACAGGGAUGAUUUUCUUAUCAAACCAAAUGAUAAUCUCAUUGCCAUUGGCAAAAUGGAAGAAGAAUAUUGCAAUUUGGAGAUUUAUGUUUAUAACGACGAAGAAGGCAGUCUUUAUGUCCAUCAUGAUAUUUUGUUGGAAUCAGUUCCCUUAGCUGUUGAGUGGAUGAGUUAUGACCCUACUUCAGAAAAUCAGUCAGGUAACUUUGUGGCCGUUGGAACAAUGGAUCCUCAUAUCGAGAUAUGGGAUCUUGAUGUGGUCGACACAGUAGAAUCUGUUUAUACUUUGGGCAAAAAGCCAAGAAAGAGUAAAAAGAAAAAGAAGAAGGCUGCGGCAACGACAGCUAAUGAUGGACACCAGGAUGCCGUGUUAGGGCUCUCUUGGAACCGUAAUGCACGAAAUGUGUUGGCAAGUGGAUCUGCAGACUUCACUGUGAAACUCUGGGAUAUGGCGCAAUGCAAAUGUGUACAUUCCUUGGCACAUCAUAAAAAUAAGGUUCAGUGUUUACAAUGGCACCCUUACGAAGCACAAUCUCUUCUCACUGGAUCAUUUGACAACACUGCACAUGUUUUAGAUUGCCGGAAUCCCGAGAGUCGAACAAAAUCUUGGAAGAUGGAUGGCGAAAUCGAACGCGUUCUGUGGGAUCAUUUUUCACCAUUUAAUUUCAUGGCAAGCACUGAUCAAGGCACUGUUUACUAUAAUGACGUCAGGAGCGAUUCUCCAGUCUUCCAGAUAAGUGCUCACAAUGAUGCAGUUACAGGUUUGGCUCUAAGUGCACAAGUAUCAGGUUGUUUGGUAACAGCUUCUCCAGAUAAAACGAUAAAAGUCUGGGAUUAUAAAGAAGGAAAGCCAGCAUUUGUCAUGUCCAAAGAUAUGAAAAUGGGCCGCUUGCAUUUCGCGUGCGCAUGUCCAGACGCCCCUUAUACUUUUGUUUUUGGAGGCGAAAAAGAUGGCGUGAGGGUCCUAGACCUUCUUGAUACUCAUGCAGGAAAAGAUCACUUUGGAAAUAGGAAUAUGGCAUCUAAAAAUGUUCCGGACCAAGAUAUAUUGCCACUGCAAAAGGAAACAGCGAAAGUUGAAGAAAAAAUGGAUGCAGAGUCUGCUGAAAAUGCUUUCGCAUCUUUAAGUCUACAAGGUAGGACUAGUAAUGAAUCUAAGGACAUUGUAAAAAAGAAAAAGAAGAAGAACAAAAAGAAGUAAGAAGACGAAUUGAAGUAUAGUAAUAUUAUCUUUUUGAUUCACGUUGAUAA